CCCUUCCUAUUGGCGGGAAACUGUCUUCCUCUCGCGCCUUCUCAGAUUCCUCCCUCUAAAUAUCUCUCUGUUUCGCUCUUCUCCCGAACAAACACCCAUCCAGCGAUGCCUCCCAAGCGCAAGUCUCCGGCGGCGGCUGCCCCAGCGGCGGGGUCCCCGAGGAAGACGCGUAGCAUGGCCGCCGCUGGGAAGCGGGGAGCGGAAGCUUCUUCUGCGAAGAGGGCGCCGGCCAAGAAGGAGCCGGCGGCGGUAACGGCGGCCGCGGAGCAGAAGGAGGGGAAGAGGGCCCCCAAGGAGGAGACGGUGACUGCGGCCGCCGAGCCUAAAGGGAGGAAGCGGGCGAAGAAGGAGGCAGAGGCGGUGGUGGAGGAGGAUGGCGGUGAUGUAGCGGAGAAAGGGAAGCGCGUCAUUGUCGAGGCUUGCACUCAGUGCAGACAGUUUAAGAUCAGAGCUCAGAAGGUGAAGGAGGAUCUGGAAAGUUCUGUUCCUGGUGUUUCUGUGAUAAUCAACCCUGAGAAGCCACGUCGCGGCUGCCUUGAGAUACGUGAGGAAGGUGGUGAAGUGUUCAUAUCACUGCUGAACAUGCCACGCCCCUUCACUCCAAUGAAGAAGCUCGACAUGGAUGAGGUUAUCAAGGACAUUGCCAAGAAAAUAUCCUAAUUUAAGUUGGCUGGCCAUGGAUGGAUGGCACCAUUUUUGUAAGCUUUCAAGUGUAGCUUCGUGUAAGGACACCAUCAAUGGCUCUUGUAUUGCAUUUGCAAUGUCUCCGUAGAAUGUGGAACACUGGUUCGGUCAUGUGUCCAAUGUAGUUAAGACAUUUCGAAUUGCUACCUGUGGCAAUUGAUAAUGAUACUAUGCUAGGGAGCCUUUCUUUA